GCGAAAACUCUGGAUGAGACUCUCCUGUUUGCUAUUUCGAAAUCGCUUCGAUAUAGAAAGGGCUCUGAUGAUACCGCCCGACAGGAUGCUAGCGGCAGUCCGAAACUUCUGCUGGCGAAAACCAUGGUUUCGCACAUCAAGCAAACCAAGACGCCUCCCUGGCCCCAGUCAUACCAUCAUCUACUGAUGACAUUCAAGGAAUUGAAUGCACCGCAGGAAGGAUGGGACUUCUUCCGCUGGCUAACGCGACAGGGUGUGGAAUACACCUCUCCCGAAGUGUACGGUGCUGGCAUCGAGCUGGUGUCUGCUCUGAGCGGCACCGAGAACGAUGCAAUUCGGACGACAAUUGCCGAACUGCUGGACUCCGCCAUUGAACGAUUCCCCGACGGUUUCGUGAAAUAUCAUUUUCAGCCCAACGCCCUCUUAACGGAUCGAUCGGCUAUCGCGAAGCAGGACCAAGAGUCCCUUCUUCUCCUCGCACGCGCGACACGAUGCCUUCUUCACCAUGGACUCAUUCAAGACGGUUAUCUAGGCCUUGAUACGUCGCUUCGGCUAUGCCCCACGUCGACCCCAUUGAUCGUCGUCAGUGAAAUCAUCAACCGAAGGAACGUGGUCGAGGCAUAUAAGGUCCUGAUGCUGAGAUAUCGCAACGGCACGGGAUUGCGGCACACUUCUCCCACUCCCCUCAUCUCGAAAAUCAAUGGCAUCCUCCGCACGGAUGACCGUUUGCGAGAACUCCCGGCGGAACUACGAGUGGAUCUCAUCAUCGCAUGCGUGUCGUUGGCUCGUGCUUGCCUUGCCUCAGGGGGCUCGUUCAAUGCGCAAAUGUGCAGCUCCGUGAUCAAGUCAUUAUCCUACAUAGUCGGGUUUGAGGGCGCGGAUGACGCUCUUGAGAACAGCAUCUUCCCUCUAGCACAGAGGAUGGUGUUUCAUUACCUGGAACAUGAACUCCCAUCCAAGCGGUCGGUGACUCCGAUCAAUGCCUUACUGACUAUGGCUGCAAGGAUGGAAAACAAGAACCCCUUCGCCCAGCUUUGCAACUGGCUCCAGGAUUCCGGAGUGGACGCCGAUAGUUCUACGUAUAUGAUCAUGAUGAGUCAUGCAGUGGGGCAACAGAAUCUGAAUGCUUUCCAGCUUGCCUGGGAAGGAUUACGCGAUAUCAGUGAGCGAUCUGGUAAGCCGCUGUUGCAACGUCACUGGGUUUGGUUUGUGUCCAAGCGUUCUUCGUUCGGGAGCGAGGGGCGCGAAUUCGUGGCAUCGCAAUUCCAGGAAAACAGAUCCACUAUCCCAGACCAGGGACAAAUACAACGUAUCUUGAAUUCAACAGAAGAUCACUCGACAAUAGACUCGGAUAUCGGUGCUCCCGGAGAUGGUUCCCCUUUAACGUCUGUGCAGGAAAGCCAAGGACAGACUUCGACGGCCGAGGUUCUGGUCCGGUUGAACGGACACGCCGACCAACUUCUCACGGAGAUGGUCAAUCCCGUCCGCGGCAAUUUUGCGGAUCACAGCUUCCCAAUGUCGAUUUCUCCGCGCCUGGAGCCACCCAUAUGCUCCGAUGACGAUCUAAGGAUCAUCUAUGACCGACUUACGUCCGUACCAAAGACGGCAGGGAGUUGGGUAGCGGAGAACAAGGAACCGUCGCUUCAUAGGAACGGUUACACCAUCGAGAAUCUUCGUUUCCAGAAUUGGAAAACACUAACGGAGCUACUACGGUUCUCAAGCAUCUUCCCAAAGCAAAGCGGCCCGGAAGACACCCCUGAUGGCUCACUCAGAGCAAUCACCGAAACUCUGCGCCAACUCGAGAGCUCUCUGCCCACAGAUCAAGAAAUCCAGAAACCAGCCAGCCGAUUGGACGGCUUGCAGGCGAGAAUCGAGCAAUGGAGAGACAUCUCACAAGAAGAGCUGGAGGACUAAUGAUUAAAACAUAUUGUCUGGAAUAAAAUAGCGGUAUAUCGCAUCUGCUCUUCUUACAAUAAAUAUCGAACUAAAUUCGCGCAUGUCACGCACGCGACACAUCGUCUCGUGCCAACGACAUUGAAUAUUCACACAGUCAGACCGGCUGUGCCUCCCCGAGGAUUCCCUCACUUUUAAGACACC